CUGCAACUCCAAGCACAAUAUCAGCAUCAUCAAUGGCGGACGGUACAAAAAAAGAUGUCGAUCUUACUGAACAAGACAUCAAUGGCAACAAAGAAGAGGACAUAAAGAACCUUCAGACCGCAAUAGGACUGGGCAAGCGUGAUCGAGAGGUCUUCGAGAAGAAGCUGAAUGAGUUGCGAAGCGUGUUUUAUGACGAUCUCGAAAAUCUUGAUCUUGAAUUUUCUGAGAACAUUCAAGGAAUUGAACCGAAAAUGUACGGUUCCAAUGAGUUUCGGAAACGGUCUUCUCCACCAUAUCAAGGAGCAAGAAACAAAUCUGAAUUCGCAGAGCAAAACUGUAAUGAAAACUUAGAAAAUGAAAUUCCCGACAAAUUUUCGAAACUAAGAUACGGGAUUCAAGAACUAGACCAAAAGAUGUAUAAAUUUGAAACUGAGUCGAUACAUGACGAGAGAAGCACAGAGGAAAUAGAGGCGAAAAAAGGAGUAAUCGAGUUGUUCCCUAGUAAUCAAUACGUCAAAAAAAAUACGGAUAAUUUUACGGAUGAGUUUGGUGACUUUGGUGGUCGUUGGGAUGACUAUACCUGCCAUCUUCAACAGUCUGCGACUGUUGAAGCUUAUAUGAAGGCCACGGUGAAUGGGAUACAGAUAAAAUAUGAGCUGAUGAGUUUGAAAGAGCCUGACCAGUCCAAUGAUCGAACUGAUGGUGGUUUCUAUAAAAAUGUUGAAGAAGUAGAACAGGAAAUGGGUGAACAGAUGAGAAAACUAGGAGAAAAUGGAGACAACGAAGAACAAGGUGGGGUGAACAAGUCAAAUGUGCAGUGGAUCAUUGAGGAUGAUGUUUCUGAUGUUGAGGGAGUGGAAUUUGAUAUAAGCAGAGGAAAAUUCACAGGAGAAAACAAAGAAGUGACGAAAAAGGAUUUAGAUGAGAAGCAGAAAAAGACUACUCCGUCAGAUGAAAAAUUUGAGGCCUUAGAACUGAUAUCAAAUCAAAUGGUUGAUCUCGAGACUGAGAUCGCUAGCCUGCAAGCUGAUCUUAUGCUUUUGGUGCAUGAAAAAGAACGAGUGGCGGAGAAGUAUGCACUGUUGAAAUCAGAACUUGUAAAGCUGAAGGAGGGCAAUUGUAAGAAGGAAUUAAAGAUUUUCGAUCUUGUGGAGCACAGUUUUACUGCUCUACUGGCAGAACCAGUUGAUCGUGAUCUAAGAGACAAAUUUCAAAGCCAAAUGGAGAAAAUCAAAGCAAAAUUGGAGUCAACACUGGAUCAGUCUGAGGACAUACUUGAGGAAUCGAUGACAACUACUGAAGAAGAGGAACUGCAAAUGGUGAAUGGUGCAGAGAAUAGUACGAAGGUAUUGAAGCAAAUAUGGCCCACAAUCGCUGUUGUCACUGGAGCUUUUGCGGUAAUAGGUGCUCUGUUUUGCCGCAAUAUCUUAAAGGCAAAUGCACAGAAGAACAAGUAG